UCGCCGACUAAACUGCUUUAGAGUAGGUUAAAACAAUGUGAUGUAUCACCUAAGAAAUAACCACCUUCAUAGUCCUGAUAACCUGAAUAUUAACCCUAAAGUUAACUGAGUAGCUGAAUAUUGUGCAACACCUUACAGGCAUCUGGACUCAGGUAUACCUGAACAAUACAACAAUGAUGUAAUCAAUUUGAGUUACGGCACCUCCCUUUUGGAGGAGAGACUACAUACUGUAUUAAAACUGUCUGUGCAGCACAAAAACAAGUUCAGCUGUGGCUUCAGUCUGGAGUAGAUCUGGAGAUGACACUGUGCAUUUUUCUAAACUGGAGAUUGAUCUUCUAAUGCAAAGACUGUUUUAUAUGUUUAUAUGACAGCUGUCUGUAUAUUUGCUGUCUGUGAUUGUGGAUGAGAUCGGCUAUAGAACUAGAGUAAACAGUAAAAACAUGUUUGGUCCUAUCUGAAGUAUAUCUCUUCUCUGUCAUCUUUUUCACUCUCACUUCUCCUCCUCCAGCUCUGCUGUUGGCCAGACAUGAAGAUAAACAGCAGCCUGAAUCCUUCAUGCUUUCAGUUCACACUAUUUGCAGAUUAUGGACCCCUCAGAUAUCUGUUCUUCAGUCUGUGUUUGUUGAUCUACAUGACUAUAAUCUCUGCUAACGUUGCCAUUAUUCUUGCAGUCUGCACGGAGAAGUCUCUGCAUCAGCCCAUGUACAUAUUUAUCUGCUGUUUGUGUUUCAACUCUCUGUACGGCUCACUCGGCUUCUUCCCCAGGUUUCUCAUGGACAUAGUGUCUGACACUCAUUUCAUUUCACUUCCAGCUUGUUUCACCCAGGUAUACAUUAUAAACACUUAUGCAGGACACGAGUUAACUCUCCUCACUGCCAUGGCCUAUGAUCGAUUUGUUGCUAUUUGUCAGCCUUUACUUUAUCACAGUAAAAUGACUUUAAGGAUGGUGCACUAUCUGGUAAUAUUUUCUGUGAUUUACCCUGCAUGUGUUGUUGGCUUAUGUGUUUAUUUGCUCACCUUUAUACCUUUUUGUGGAAACAAGCUGCACAGGAUCUUUUGCUCCAACUGGCCUUUGGUUCAGCUUUCCUGUGAGGACACGACUAUAAACAAUAUCACAGGUCAGACUUUUACCGUAACCACCAUCUUCAUCACUAUAACCUUUGUCCUGUACACCUACCUGCGCAUUCUGCUCGUCUGCAGGAAAAGCUCAAAUGAAUUCAGAGGAAAAGCCUUACAAACCUGCCUGCCUCACAUUGUGACCUUUGUAAACUACUGCAUCUCAGUUUACUGUGAGUUUGCACUGACUCGACUCAAGUUUGAUAAGAAAAAUACGCUUUUGAUUGUUGUUCUAUCUCUGGAAUAUCUUAUAAUUCCCCCCCUCAACAACCCUCUGGUUUACGGUCUGAAUCUGCCCCAGAUCAGAGGAGUCAUAUUCAGAAGUUUCAAGUUUCACAAAGUGAUUCUCACAUGAGGAAAUGUCCGACCAAACAUGCAGAGAAAGUAUCAGCAUUACACCCUCAGGCCUCACUAUGUGGACUCAGAUGUAUCUAUCUUCUGUUUAGUCUUAAAAAAAACGUGGUUUUCAAACUGAACCAAGACAACAAAGACUAAAGUAUUUACAUCAUUGAUUUAAUAUCAUUGAAUAAAAGUUCCCCUCUCUCAGCUGUAUCCAGAUGUUGAUACCUGUCUGUAUUUUCUCUGCUUAAAUGUUUCACUCUGAUGUCCCUUUUGAAGAUCAGCAUAAUAAAGUUGCUUCAUUUUUCAAUGAAGUGAUAAUUAAGUUAAAUCAUUUAAUAGAAUAUUUUUUAAAAACAGCAGCUCAAGAGGUUCAA